CUGCCUCGCCCAAGCAUCAUUCCUCUUUAGGCACCUCAGAAGUGACACUCUGUGAGCUGCCUCUCGUCCGUUUCCCUCCUUCCACUCCACUGCCUUUUCUCUCGCUCUGCAUCCCUCCAGCUUGCUCACCAUGGCCGACAUCACCGCCGUCGGAGACGAGAACCCUUCGCCCACUCAGGACGACCUGCAGCAGGCGGCCGGUAACGGCGCCCCCGACGUCCGCGGCCCCAAACGCUCUCGCCUCAGCGCCGACGACGAUGACGACGACGAGGAUAAGCCCGGCCGCGAGCGUAGAAAGAUCGAGAUCAAGUUCAUCCAGGACAAGUCGCGUCGCCACAUCACCUUCUCCAAGCGGAAGGCUGGCAUCAUGAAGAAGGCCUACGAGCUCUCCGUCCUCACUGGCACCCAAGUCCUCCUGCUGGUCGUGUCCGAAACCGGACUCGUCUACACCUUCACCACCCCGAAACUCCAACCGUUAGUCACCAAGGCUGAGGGCAAGAAUCUCAUUCAGGCCUGUCUGAAUGCCCCCGACCCUGCGAGCGCCGAGAAUGGCGUCGACGCGGCCGACGUGCCGGCCGAGACCCCAGAGGACGUCGGCCACAGCAGCGUGGCUGCGCAGCAGUCCAGCAUCCCGCGCCCCGGUGGCAUGCAGCCGGGCUACAUGACACACGAGCAGCAGCAGCAGAUGGCCUACUACCAGAACCUGCAGCAGCAACAGCAGGCUGGCGGACAGUACCCGGGCAUGCCCGUGGGGAAUCGCAUGCCGCCUCAACAUCAACCGACGGCAUAAAAGAGUUGUGAAACGUCUACAACCCCCUCUGCGAGGUGGCUCUAGAUAGGCCAUUGCUCCAUGCUUUUCUUCCAUGAUACCCCGAUCUGAACAUGCCCAAUCCGAUCAACUGCCUGCGGCUCGACUUGUGGAUCCCAAAAGGAAAGAAAAAAAAAAGAAAAAACAGAAAAGAAGCGAAUAAAUGAUAAGCAAAUUCCAAACAAGAAAGACAAAUUGAACAAAAGCACGUUGAUUCAGAGACCGUACGAAAUCGCAAAUAGUCGGGAAACCAGGCUGGGCUUAAUCCGGGUUUUGUUUUCCGUUCAGCAUCUCCUAGACGACGGUGGAGGUGGCGGUGUUCAGGGUGUACUUGAUUUCCGUGGCGAAGUGGUUAUUCUCGAUUUCUCUCUAUUUUUUUUUUUCCUUUUCCUUUCUUAUUUCCUCUCUUUCUUUUCCCCU